AAGCCCGGGUUGGUGGGGAAAGGCGGGGUGGCGGCGCCGCGCUGCGCCUUUUGUGUGCUCUGGCGGCGGCGGGGCGCUUUAGCCAUAGCCGUCGUUGCGGGCGAAGCGGCGUCGGGCAGCGGCUGCGCCUUGCGCUAUGCAGCCGAGCGCUCCGGAGCCUUGCCAGGGGCCCUCGCCGCCUUCCUCGCCGCCCCCGCCGCCGCCGCAGCUCUUGCCACUGCCUGCCGCACGUCGGGGGACGUUGCGGGCGGCUCGGGACUAGAGCGAAGCGGGCAGCGGGCGGACGGGCAGCCUCGCUCGGGAAGGGCGCAAGGGAGAGCCGGGAGGAGAGGAGGCGGAGGAGGAGGAGGAGGGAGCCGCCCGCCCCCUCGGGGAAGCUGGAUCUGCCGCCGGCCGCCUCGCAGCAGCCCAGCUGGGAGGAGACCUUCCGCCUCGGACGCGGCGGCGGCGCGAUGCUGGCGCUGGAGCUCCUGGGCUUGGCUUGGCUGGCCGGCCUGGCGCUGGGGCAGAACGAGACGGAGCCCAUCAUCCUGGAGGGCAAGUGCCUGGUGGUGUGCGACUCCAACCCCGCCUCGGACCCCACCGGCACGGCGCUGGGCAUCUCCGUGCGCUCCGGCAGCGCCAAGGUGGCCUUCUCGGCCAUCCGCAGCACCAACCACGAGCCCUCGGAGAUGAGCAACCGCACCAUGAUCAUUUACUUCGACCAGGUACUAGUGAAUAUUGGGCUGAACUUUGACUCUGAACGAAGCACUUUCAUAGCGCCCCGAAAAGGGAUUUACAGUUUUAAUUUUCACGUGGUGAAGGUGUACAACAGGCAAACGAUCCAGGUAAGUCUAAUGCUCAACGGGUGGCCCGUGAUUUCUGCCUUUGCGGGGGAUCAAGAUGUCACCCGAGAAGCCGCCAGCAACGGGGUCCUGAUCCAGAUGGAGAAAGGAGACAGAGCCUAUUUAAAACUGGAGAGAGGAAACUUGAUGGGAGGUUGGAAAUAUUCCACCUUCUCUGGAUUUCUAGUAUUUCCUCUUUAAAUAACUUACCCUGACGAGGAAGGGAGGAAGCAACUGGGUCUGAAAAUUGCUUGCCCAUCCCUGAAUUGCAGCUCCAGAGAAGGAACCUUGGGGUCGCAAACUUCUGGAUCAUAGAUACAUAUUGCAGAAGUUAUACCCUGCUUUAGGUUUGUGUUCAUCUGUUUUGAAGAUUGCUGUAACGGUGCAGCCAAGAGACAGAAGAUGUGUGCAUUUGUCAUCCUUCGAUAAUAUUUCUCUCUCCUUUGCCAACUGAAUUAGUUCCAUCUCCGUUUUAACUGAUGUUAUAUUAACCACUAUUCUCCCCAACUCCGCUGUUUCCCCCCCUCAAAUGCUUGUCCGUUUGUUUUCUAUUCCACACUAUCCUUUUGCAACCAGUUUGGGUUUAUAAAAGCACUUUUUUUUACUCUUUCCCUGAGUUAAACUUUUUAAAAGAAGUAUUUUUGAAUAACAUGGGUGCCAUGAGGAGUGAAAUGCAAACCGUGCUGUAUGCUAGUAAGAAAACUGGGGCGUGGGGAAAUGAUCAACACGAACUAUUCCAGCCAAGUCUGAUUUUCACUAUUUCUAUGUAAUUCUGAGUGAUUGUGGAAUUUACAGGCUGCUUAAUGUUUUGAUGCUUGUUUUUUGCUCUUGUAAAUUGUGGCCCAACUACAUGCCGGAAAGUAUAUUGAACUUUUACUAAUUAAUCUGUAAGAUAAGGUGUGAAUAUUGACAAAUUAAUUUUGGCUUUAGUUGAAUAAUGUUUAAAUGGGAUUCUUAAUUUUGUUUUCCUUAGACAAGAAACAAUGCAGCUAACUAGAUCUGUUGACUAAUUCUUAACCAGACCUAGAAGGAGGGAACCAAAACAACUAAAAAUAGGGAGAAAUAUGCAAUCACAACCAUUGGUUCUGAAUAGGAAAUGGAGAAAAGAGGAAACAAAUUCUUCAAAAGGUAGCCUUGAGUGCAAAAAAAAAAAAAAAAUCCCUUUUAGUAAUGCCCACACCCUCUUGCUCUUUGUUUUACGUGCUGUUUUUAAAAUGGGAACUGACCAGUCAAUUUUCAGUAACUCUCAAUUUAACAAGACUGCUUUAUUGAACUUGUUCUCCAAGGCGUGAGGGGGAAAACCAUGCCCUAAAUAGUCACCGAGGUGAUUCCCACAGAAUUGCCCUCUCUGUUCUUUUUACCAUUAUCUGUAUUGUAUUCUCUCAACUCAAAUCACAUUUUAUACAGCUGUCUUAUUAAAAACAACUAACAAAGAAAUCCUUACAAGGUGUACCGAAAUGCUAGUACUAUUAUUUGCUAGUAUUAUUUUGUUUACAGUCUUUCAAAGAUGUAAAUGCUAUAAUUUUGCAGCACUCUAAAGAGAAUAACUACUUUUAUUAUCAAGGUACAGUAAAAUACUUUUGAUUGUAAUCGAAACAUAAUGUGAAAUAAAACUAGUGUAAUAAACCACUCUGCUUCUCGGGGAGUGGAGAACUGUCUAACUG